AUGGAGGAAAGUCUUGAAGAAGAGCCCCAACCUAUUAAUGCAGAAGAAAUACAUGAAGAUAUCACAGAUGAAAUAGAAGAUUAUUUUACGGAUAGUUCAGAAGAAUUUAAUGAUGCAGAACAAAUUGAAAGUGCUUCUCAUGAAAGAGGAAUGGAUUCUGAUAGUGAUGAAGACAACAAUAGUAAUGACAGUAGUGACAGUGAUUCUGAGGAUACGAGCAGUUUGAGCAAAGCUUUUUUUAAAAUAAAAAACCCAACAAUUAAUAUUCCUUUUUUAUCGAACCCAAACUUUUAUGAAAAUGAUCAUUUGUUGGCCAUCAUUGCGAUUUCUAUGCGCAACAAUCUUUCAUUUGAAGCUACAUUGUCGAUAUUAUCUUGGAUGAAGUUAACGCACAAUAACAAUAACCUUCCAACGACGAAAAAAGCUCUGUGGAAAGCAUUAAAUCGUGACGACACAUUGAUAACAAGUCAUUUAUAUUGUGGUAUUUGUAAAGAACAUCUUGGAAUAGGAAAAAAGCCACUCAUGAAUCUUAAUUUGACGAGCCAAUUAUCUGAACUUUUUAAAGUACCAGAUAUUGAAAAAUCUUUAAGUUAUCGAUUCACAAGAGAAAAAAAAGAUUUAUCAGCUAUAGAAGAUAUAUUCGAUGGACAAGUUUAUAAGGAUUUAUGUUUACCUGGAAAUUUUUUGGACAAUCCAUUAAAUUUUUCACUAACAAUCAACACAGACGGUUGUCAGGUAGCUAAAUCAUCAAAGGCUAGUGCAUGGCCCGUUUACUUGCAGAUUAAUGAAUUACCUCCACACUUACGUAAAAAGCACAUGCUUUUGGCUGGAGUUUUUGUAGAUUUAUGCCAUCCAUCUUUGAAUCUUUUAUUACGUCCGAUAGUCACGGAAAUUCAAGAAUUAAAUAAAACUGGAAUUGAUUGGAAGACCUCAGAAGGUAGAAAAGUUAAAUCAAAAUUUGUAGUGACAACCUGCAGUGUUGAUUCCCCAGCCAGAUCUCUAAUUAUGAGAAUGAAACAAUUUAAUGGAUAUAAUGGAUGUUCAUUUUGUUACGCAAUGGGAGAACAUCGUGGAAAUAAGCACAUAUAUCCACGAAGUCACUCUUACGGAAAUCUGCGAACUGAUGAAGAAAUAAGAGGUGACAUGCUCACUGCCUAUGAAACCAAGACAACUACUAAUGGUAUUAAGGGAAUUUCUUCAUUAGCUGGUUUGCCAGAAUUCGAUCUGGGUAAGGGACUUGCCGUUGAGUGUUUACAUGCGGUUUUCUUGGGAGCUGUAAAACAGCAUACAAAUUUAUUUCUUACUGUAACAGAUUCUCCAUUUUACAUUGGAGAUCCAGUUAGUAAACAAAGAAUUGAUAAUCGCUUACUAUCAAUAAAACCUCCUUCUCGUCGUUCUCGACUGCCGCGAAAAUUAGAGACGUUUAAUAACUGGAAAGGCUCACAGCUAAGAAACUGGUUAGAUUAUGCUGCUCCAUGCUUAGAUGGCAUAUUAGACAUGAAAUACAUCAAACACUUUACUCUUUUAUCUCAAGCUGUGCAUUAUUUGAAUGGAGAUUCUGUAUCAACAACUGAUCUUGAAAACGCUGGAAUUCUCAUAGAAAAAUACGUAACACAGUUUGAAGAAUUGUUUGGGUUAGACCAAAUGAGUUUUAAUCUACAUUUAUUACCUCAUGUGGUCAUAACAAUUAAGAAUUUAGGGCCUAUGUGGGCACAUAAUGCUUCAAUCUAUGAAUCGUGGAAUAAAAAAAUUUUGGACAAAGUAACAAGUCCUCAUGGAAGAGCUGACCAAAUAGUUACACGAUUUUUGAUGACCAAGUUUAUAGAAUCGACCGUUUAUAGUAAUUCUAUUUCUGCUGAUACUAAGAAAUUUAUAUGUAACACUCUAAAAAUGCCUAACUUGAAUAAUGAAAUCGUAAUGAAUGAGAAUUUUCAAGCACUGAGCAGCCCUGAAACUAUCGUCCUCCAAGAAACUGAGCUCAAUGAACUUCGAGAAAUGGGUUAUACUCCAAAAAACUCCCCGUCGUCAUACGCUAAAAUCAAAGUGAAUGGAAUUGAUUACAUUAGGAAGAAUGAUAACGAUAAUAAAUUUUGUAACUCAAUAAUAUCUUACAACAAAGGGUUUGGAGAAAUAUUAUCUAUAAUUGAGUUUGAAAAUGAAGAUAAUUGUAUAAUUCAAGGAUUUUUCGUAAAAGUUUACAUUUUAAAAAAAAAAUGCUUA